UUAUUUUUACAAAAAAACAAGAAACCAAUAAAAACAAAAAUCAAAAUCCCUCUUUUCUCGCCCCCCUCUCUCUCCAAAAACCCUAAUUCUAUUCUGACAAUUCGGUUUCAACCUCUACCAAUCCCUUUCUCCUUCCCUAUUCAAUCUCCACCGUCCGAUCGAUCACACUGCCGUCUCGCUCUCUCCGCAGACAUCACAGGAACAUAUUUGCCUUUUGAGAUGUCUCCAGCAUCAAAAUCUAAGUCAAAGGACAAAAAGGCUGGCAAGGAACCCCAGAAGGCUACAUCAAAGCCUUCGGGAACUGCUAAUGCAGGGAGUGGUAUCUCAGCUAGCGCAUACAAUCCACUGUCUGGAACAUUUCAUACCAUUGAAACAGUGUCGACAUCCUCUGCCUCACCUCUACACAGUAAUGGUCGUUUCCGAAACAUAGAUGAGACAGAUGAUCAUCCUGGUGGCUUGUUAGGAGCUGGGGUUGAUUAUGAUUCUGUUUCAAAUAAUGGUAGCUGGUCUGGUGAGUCAGAAGAUCAAAAAGAGAAGACUUCUAAUCAUCCAGUCCGGCAGGAAACAAUACCAGGUGCUGACAAUGACAAGCGGGAAAAAAUCCGCCAGAAGAAUGAGAAAAAGCAUCAGCGUCAAAAGGAGAGGCGAGCACAAGAAUUGCGUGAGCGGUGCACCGGCUAUCUUAUGUCGAGAAAGCUGGAAGCUCUAGCUCAACAGCUUGUUUCAAUGGGAUUUUUGCAUGAACGGGCAACAAUGGCUCUUAUAUUGAAUGAAGGAAAGUUAGAAGAAUCUGUGACAUGGCUGUUUGAAGUGGGUGAACAUGCAGAUAAGCACAGGGAUCAAAACCUUGGUGGGGGUACUUUGAAAAUUGAUAUAUCAGAAGAGCUUGCUCGGAUUGCAGAAAUGGAAAUCAGAUAUAAGUGCACAAAGCAGGAGGUUGAAAGAGCUGUGGUUGCCUCUGAGGGUGAUCUCGAGAAGGCCACGGAAAGUUUAAGACAACUGAAGCUAGAUCCACCAUCUGCUCCACCAAAACCUGAGGAAACUGGUGAUCCUCCGACCUCAAGCAGUGAUAAGCUUUCUGUAGCAGGUAGCCAGAAUAUGGUGAGACCACAACCAAAGCUCAACCCAACUUCUUUGAUACAGCAAAGAAGAGAUAAAGAUUUUAACUAUACAAAAGCAGGUGUUCCAGUGGGAGGAUCUUUGGAAUCUGGGAGUAAAAAUGAGCAGCCUUUGAAGAGAAUACAACCGAAGUUGGAUUGGCCAAAACCUCAGCCAACUCCGACUCCAACUGACAAAAGAUGGCUAAGUGCGGGAUCAAAUCCUUCUGUUUCUUAUUCUUUGGCAUCUCCUUUGCAAGCGCCACCUCCACCUGCCAAGACAGAAACCCGUUAUGUUACUGUUGGAAGUGAAUAUAAGAGCCUUCAGCCUGGAACAGUUAGAGAACCAGUGAUAAUGAUGCAGCGGCCUCAAUCGAUAAAUUCAAAGCAGGUUCCAAUUACAAGCAUAAGCUCAUCUCCUCCUGGGACAGCUGCCGGUUGGUAUCCCACCAAUAGAGUUGAUAUCAUGAAGCCAAAUGGCUUGAUGCCUCCCAUUCCUAGCACAAGAAGCCCCAGCCCAAACAAUCAGAUGUUCCACCAAUUUCAUUAUCAACAACCACAGCAUUUUGUUCCCAGCAAUGGUCCAGGGGAUUCUCCUGGAACCAGCAAAGUAAAUGGGUUGUGGAGUAGAGCUGGUGCAUCACCAUCACUCGCUGCUGCUUCAUCCCUUGGACUUUUCUCUGGAUUGGGUUCCACAGGAUCAUCAGGGGCAUCCUCUCCGGUUGAUUGGAGCACUUCUGGGUCGAUGGCGCAGUUAGACUACACCAGCAUAGACUGGAGUUUGGACCGAGGUUUAUCUUCCCCGAGGCCUGGUGGAUUUUGGUUAGGGCCAACAAAUUUAAAGAGCAGCGCACAAACGUAUGAUUCUAGCAGCGCACAAACGUAUGAUUCUAGCAGCGCUUCUGGCUUUGGUGCCAGGCUGGCAAUGAGAUCAGCUCCCAGUGGCAAUGGCAUACCCGUUCCAGGAUUGCAGGAUGGUGGUGUGGCUAAUUCAGAAACAUCCACCCCCGGUUCCGUUGAAUGGACUUCGCCAUUUGAAGGGAACGAUCUCUUUGGCUUGUCAAGACAGUUUGUUUCAUCUCCUUCGCUGUAGGGUGGUGGAAAUGAUUUCAAUGAAUAAAAUGAAAAAAGAAAUGGAAAAAAAAAGAAAAAACCUCAAAAUGUGUUUGAAUUUGAUGUUGGUGUUGGUUCCCUGUGUUGAUUGUUGGUGAAUAUCAUUCUAGUUUCUCAAA